GCGCGUGCCGCCGCCCUCCUCGCCGCCGCCCGUGAUCAUCCGAUCGCCCCUGUCGUCCAUGUCGUCCACGUGUAUCGCCUCGCCAUCUCGUGACUCCACUUCCCCGCCCGAGUCGCUCGCGGCGACUCCACGCGACGGCUUGUGCGAGCCAGAGGGCAGCCUCCGCACGCAGCGCCGCACCACGGCCGCUGUACGCCGCCGUACGCUCGCGCUCCUCUCGGUCGGCCUCGUCGCCGGGACCGCAGACGCACUCCUCACGCGGCUCGCAAUCACGCUGGACGGCGCGUCGCUCGCCGAGUGGCUCGCCAUCAAGGGCCUGGCGAGCGCGCUCUUCUCGAGCGGGCUGCUGUUGCAUCAGAACGGGAUCGGCGCCGUCCGGCGCCUCCCCGCCGCGGCGGCGCGGGUGCCUGCUCACUUUGCCGCUGGCUCGCUACUGCAUGCGAGUGCUCUGAGCUGCCGCGCCGCGGCAUUUUACUCGACGGGCGGGUCGGCGGCGCUCGCCCUCCUCUUGAUCUCCCUCUGCCCGUUCUGGGCCGCGCUGCUCGGGAGGGUGGUGCUGGGCGACGUCCUCCCUCGCCGCACCGUCGCCGCGCUCGUCGCCGCGACCGCCGCCGCCGCCAUCGGCGUCAUCCUGCCAAGCAAGCCCGCGUACCGAUGGAUGCUGCUGCUCAGCGUCGAGGAUGAGUUCGCCGGCGCGCGGCGGAGCGCCAUCCUAGGUUUGGACGACGACGGGUUCCGAGACGCAAGCUUCUGGCCGAUCGCUUUCUGCGCCGGCGCCGGCGCGAGCCUCUUCACGAACGCGUGCGUCGUGCGAGCGCCGCGGCAGGUGAGCUCGGCGGAGGUGGGGGUGGUGCUGCUGCUCGAGAGCAGCGGCUCGCUGGCGCAGCUCGCGGCGAUCUGGACCAUCGCGGGCUACUCCUCCGCACGUGACUUUUGGAACCCGUGGAUGGUGGCCGGCAUCUCGCUCCUCCUCUUGCUCAUCGCGGCGCACGAGGUGGCGCAGAUGAAAGCGGCGCGCAGCACGGCGCGCCGACGGUUGUGUCAGCUCCUCGACGCGGCAGCGGCCAAGGGCUCAGAUACAUAA